AGAACGCCCCCAUUUGAGGCCCUCUUUUGUCUUCCCAUUUCUACAAGAUAACACUCUUCUCUCCUCACUUCCCAAGUCCCAAAUCCAUUCUCUGCCCUCCAUUGCUCCCUCUCUCAGCUUUCUCGCUCAACCAUGGCGGCUAUUUCCUUAGCUUCGGCUUCUACCUCCACUAAGCUCGUUUUCCCACAUGCCUCCCCCUCCCCCUCUUCGCCGCCGGCUUCUCUCUUCGCCAAACCCUCCUCAAUACCCAAACUCUCCUCCUCUUUCUUGAACCCAUCUUCAAUUCGUCCUUUAACCUUCUCCUCGGGCUCUUCCGCGACCGUGGCCCGUCCCCGCUCCUUCACAAUCCGAGCCGCCCGUGGCAAAUUCGAGCGGAAGAAACCCCAUGUCAAUAUCGGCACAAUCGGGCACGUCGACCAUGGCAAAACCACGCUCACCGCCGCCUUGACCAUGGCUCUCAGCAAAGCCCCAAAGAAGUACGACGAAAUUGACGCCGCCCCCGAAGAACGAGCCCGAGGUAUUACAAUCAACACCGCCACAGUCGAGUACGAGACCGAGAGCCGGCAUUACGCCCACGUCGAUUGCCCUGGCCACGCUGACUACGUCAAGAACAUGAUUACUGGUGCUGCUCAAAUGGACGGCGCUAUUUUGGUGGUUUCGGGUGCCGACGGCCCAAUGCCACAGACCAAGGAGCAUAUUCUGUUGGCCAAGCAAGUGGGUGUCCCCAAUAUGGUGGUGUUUCUCAACAAGAAGGAUCAAGUUGAUGACGAGGAGCUUCUGCAGCUUGUGGAAUUGGAGAUGAGGGAAUUGCUUUCGUCUUAUGAAUUCCCAGGUGAUGAUGUGCCAAUUAUUGCUGGUUCUGCUUUGUUAGCUUUGGAAGCUCUAAUGGCUAACCAAAGUAUUGCUAGAGGUGAAAACGAAUGGGUGGACAAAAUUUUUGAACUUAUGGAUGCUGUAGAUAGCUAUAUACCAAUACCCGAAAGACAAACUGAUCUUCCAUUUUUGCUAGCUGUUGAAGAUGUGUUUUCUAUUACUGGUCGUGGUACUGUGGCUACAGGCCGUGUUGAAAGGGGUACCAUUAGGGUUGGGGAUACAGUGGAUAUUGUGGGAUUGAGGGAAACUAGAAACACCACAGUAACAGGGGUGGAAAUGUUUCAGAAGAUUCUUGAUGAGGCUUUGGCUGGGGAUAAUGUAGGAUUGUUGCUUAGAGGUGUUCAGAAGGCUGAUAUUCAAAGAGGGAUGGUUUUAUCCAAGCCUGGCACCAUCACCCCACACACCAAGUUUCUAGCAGUUGUGUAUGUGUUGAAGAAGGAAGAGGGUGGUAGACAUUCGCCGUUUUUCGCCGGUUACAGACCGCAAUUUUACAUGAGGACGACGGAUGUCACCGGUAAGGUGACUUCGAUUAUGAACGACAAGGAUGAGGAGUCGAAAAUGGUUAUGCCGGGAGACCGAGUGAAAAUGGUUGUGGAACUGAUUAUGCCGGUGGCUUGUGAACAAGGAAUGAGGUUUGCCAUCAGAGAAGGUGGGAAGACUGUGGGAGCUGGUGUAAUUCAAUCAAUAAUCGAGUGAGUGAUAGGAAGAACAAGAAACAACUUGAUCCCGGAAACCAAUUGAAAUGCUCCUUACUCCUUUUUAAGUUAGGCUAAAUUUGAACCAACAUCAAUGACUUGUUUUCUUCAUUUUGUGCAACUUUCUGGAUUCAAUGUCAUAUAUUUGUAGUUUUGUUGUCCUCUUGUUGGUUGGCUCGGACAUCACAUGUCACAGCGUGGCUGGAUAAUGUUUUUAUGAUGGUAUAUUUGCAGAUACCUUUUUUCCCCUCUCUUAUGCUGCUAAGUUUUGUCUGAGGUUUUUCAAUGAAGAAUCUGCCUUGUUGCA